ACCGUAAAAGAAGCUUAUUCACAUGUAAUAGUGUUUAUUUGUAUACACAACAUAUAAACAAAAGUGUGAUUUAAAAGUUAAUUGUGGUAAUGAUAAUUUGUUGAAAUGAAAAUCUUACAAAAUGGGUAGUGGAACCUCGAUAGAUAACAAGCAUGACAAGAAUUUUCUAGAAGACGUAGAGGCACAGAAGCAAAAUGGAACUGUAAAGUCUGGUUCCCAGAAGGUUGCACCAGAUUUAGGAAGACUGCUUGCCACCUAUCAACUGGUUCCAACAUUUGAAAGAUCAGACCGUCACCAUUGUUUUAUAGAUAGUCUUGAGAAUAUAGAUAACCUUCCUGCACCAGUACCUCCACCAACAACAAAGCAGCAAAUUUUUGACGUCAACAAGUAUUCCCAUGUAGACGAUAGGGCACUGAAGGCACCAAAAGGCUUACACAAACAACCACUGUCCGCAUUGGUAGAAUAUCUGAUUAACGGGUACAACGACGAUCUAUCAAAAGUCCGAGUGAUUUACAGAUGGAUAACAGCUCAGCCAAUAGAUCAACUGAACAUACCGAAGAAAGAACCUUCGCAAUCACACACACUAUUCCAGUUAUGGCGGAUAAAACACAGAAAAGGGAAUUAUGCUCAGUUAGUCAGUUUACUAUGCCGGUUUGCACAAUUACCAUGCAUCAUAAUACACGGUAAAUUAAAAGGGUCCACAUACGAUGUAGGAGAACAUCUAGACGACGAACAGCAUUAUGGUGAAUGGAAUGCUGUCUUGGUGGACGGAUAUUGGCGUUUCAUCAAUGCAUACUGGGGAACGUGCGCAGAGGGAGGGUCCGAUGAAACGCAAUGGGAAUGUGUUGAUAAGGGUGAUGAGGUCAAAGGUGAUUCUUUGAAUAAACAGCUGUUUUAUGCUUGUGAUGAGAAUUAUUUCUUGACGGAACCUGAUCAGAUGAUCAGCACACAUUUUCCAACGGAACCUGCAUGGCAGCUUAAGAAAGAUGUUGUAACUGAGGAACAAUUUCAAACACAAGCCUUUCUAAAGGACCGUUUCUAUAAUCUCCAAAUGAAAUUAGAAUUUCCAAAAAUAUGUAUAGUGAAAUCUGCAGGAGAAGAAAUCGAAUUACAAUUUCAACUGCCAAAGGAUCGAGCAAUAAAUCUAGAUUUUCAGUAUCUACUUUUUAGAUUAAAAUCUGCAUCAUCAGGGAAUUUACCAAGUGUUACCGAUCUGUAUGAUCGGUAUGUCUUUUUACAAAGAAAGAAACCCGACAUCUUACACAUUCGAGUACGAUCUCCUGUGAAAGACAUAUUUCGAUUCGAACUGGUAGGAAAGGAUGUAACAAUAAACGAACCUGGUUAUGAUUACGACUGGGUAGCAGUCUAUAAAUUUGAUUUCACUGGAAGUACUGCCACAGAUGUUGAUGCUUUCCCAGAAUGUCCUGUGAUUGGUUGGGGUCCUGGACGUGCUGCAGUGGAAUGUGGAAUGGCACCUAUGAGUCAUUUUGGUGGGGAAAUUCUUCCCGCGAAUGAUGGAAAGUUAGAAAUCAAAUUCAGUACAGUAAAUGGACAGGAUUGGAAUAAAAUGGAUAUAAAAGGACAGUUAAUCCGUGGUGGUAGCACACCUGAAGAAGUUUCAGACCACAUUGUUCAUAGAGUGGAAAAUGGAGACAUAAUAUUCAACUUGACGACACCAAAGAAGGGGGAAUAUGCAUUUAAAGUGUACGCAAACGAAGAAGGAGAUAGGGAGCCGAAAAACGUUUGCAAUUAUUUAAUUACUUCAAAUCAAAAGCAAGACAAUACUCCUUUCCCAAGGAAUUUCUCGGAAUGCCUUGGAGAAAAAGAGGCAUUCCGUGCUAUGGGACUUAAAGCAUUAACCCAUGAAUCAGGGUACAUAGAAACUGGAGAGGAAGAACUAGAAAUAGCUUUCCAGAAGAUAGGUGACAUUGACUUAUCGCUCAAUUUAUCAGGCAGUUUGAUACAUGCUGAAAUGGCCAAAAGAUUAAUUUCCGAAGAGGUUAAUGGGAAUAAAAUCACAUAUAAAAUUCGAUUCCCAGGUAAUGGAAAUUAUGGCCUGAGGUUAAUGGGUAACAGAGGCCAAGGAAAUGAAGUUAUGUACGAAUAUGUUGUUAAUUAUAAACAGAAAAAACAAAAACCGAAACCGAAAGAAGAGAAACCACCACCUGAACCAGAACCUACAAAACAACCAAUUUCUAUUAGUCAAGAUGUUCCCAAUGACUUAAGAAAAAAAAUAAAGCGAUCUAUUGAUGACCAGAAUGAUGUUGAACUUGAAAUGGCAAUAGAAGAUUUAAAAAGCCUUGGUCUUCCGACAGCACAAAAAGAUAUUGAAACAGCAGAAAUCGAAUUAGGUGUUAUGAAAACAAGGAGAGAAUUGAAUGAGGCCACUGAAGUGAGAGAUAUGGCUUUGAUUAAAGAAGCAAUGUCAAAAGCAAAACGAUGUUCGUAUGAAAAGAGACUACCUACAGAAAUGGCGUUAGCUAAAGCAAUGCUGGAAAGACUCAGAAAUAUAACAAAACUUAUGCAUGCAGUUCUCUCCCUUGACCAAAAGACCAUUGCAGAAAUUAAAGGAUACCAAAAUCCUCCACCCGCAGUACAUAGAGUAAUGAUGGCUACUUUGUUAAUACUGGGUCAUUGGGAGGAGGAAACCGAGGAAUGGAGGAACGUCCAAAUUGCCCUUGGGAAAAUGGGAAAAGAUGCAAUUAAAAGAAAGAUACAAGAACUUACAAUAGACGAUAUUCCUGUUGACGUUGCCCUUGGUGCACGAGAUCUGAUACGAGACUUUACAUUGGACCAAGUCAGAAUGGUCAGUGCUGGUGGUGCUACAUUUUAUGUUUGGGUGAAGGGGUUAACAGAAGAAAUAUGUCAAAGGAACAAGGAAAUAAUUAAGGACAUCAGACCAAGAACAAGUCGUCGACGCAGGAGUACAAUGAUGUCAGAAAAAUCUUUCUAUUCUGAAAGAACAAUGCCAUAUGAUUAAUUCAAAACAUAAAUGUAUUUAUACAUUAGUAUUCCGCUUCUUAUUCCAAAUCAAAACAAUUGCAAACAAAUUAUUCCGACUAUCAACUGUGAUGCAAAGCUGUCUGAUAUAAAUUUUACCGAACUGACUUGAUUUAUAUUCCGUCCUAUUUUAAUCUAAUAUGUAUUUAUUUAAUGUUAACAAAUACCAUGAUUAAAUUGUCAAAAAUAA